AUGGAGGGGGGAGGGGGCGGCGCGCGCUCGUUCUCUCGACGUCGACUUCCGCUUUCGGAGGGAUUGAAAAAGAGGAGGAGCAGCGCAGGCGCAGUAGAACGACAAAAGGAAGGCGGGGAAACUAACAGGGACGCUGGAGCUUCGGCUUUUAUACAGCGCAGUAAUAAGCAGGGCUCCCCUUCCGGGCAUUUGACUUCUUGGGAAAUUUUGUUGAGCAAAGCCCCUCUUGUACAAGUACCAGGAAAAUACUGCAUCUUUUCAAGAAGAAAUUUCUUCAAUAUUACUGCACCACUAGGGAACAAAAGGAAAGAAUAUUCAGAAAGAAGAAUUAUAGGGUAUUCUAUGCAAGAAAUGUAUGAAGUGGUAGCGGUUGUAAGUGAAUACAAGAACUUUGUCCCUUGGUGCAAAAAAUCAGAUGUGUUAUCCAAGCGUUCAGGAUACUGCAAAGCACAUUUAGAAGUGGGAUUUCCUCCUGUGGUGGAGAGGUACACUUCAGUUGUCACGCUAGUAAGACCUCACUUGGUUAAGGCAUCAUGCACAGAUGGCAAAUUAUUUAAUCAUCUAGAAACAGUGUGGCGUUUCAGUCCAGGAAUCCCUGGCUAUCCAAGAACAUGCACCUUGGAUUUUUCAAUCUCUUUUGAGUUUCGUUCCCUUCUACAUUCUCAUCUUGCUACUCUGUUCUUUGAUGAAGUAGUUAAGCAGAUGGUUUCUGCAUUUGAGAGAAGAGCAUCCAAGUUAUAUGGUCCAGAAACCAGCAUACCUCGAGAACUAAUGCUUCAUGAAGUGCAUCAUACAUAAAAGGAGAGAAAAAGGUUUCCUAAAACUACUUGGAUACCACACAGACAUGGGAUGCUUCUCUUAUGUGGGCUUCCAAUUAUUUGGGGACUUCUUUGGCAAUUAUGUAUAAUACUACUGUACAAAACCAUGUAAGAUGCAGGUGUACAUAAUGUAGAAGCUUCCAUCAAGUGCAAUUCCAAGGUGCUGAUAACUUGAGCUACCAGAUUUGCCUUUGUCAUCUUGCCAGCAUAUAUGAAACUCUGAAGUGUGAUAUUUCAUUGCUUUGUUUUGCAGUGUGUAAUAGUGGAAUCAAGUUUAAGUUAUUCUUUUAAGUGCAUAUUUUAAGUUAUUUUUGCUAUUAAAGCUUUAAACCUGCAGAGAACAAGUGUAUAAAAUAUGAUAGCAACUUCACUGUGUAGGAUGAAUGAAUCCUAGGUGAGGAGCUCAACAAAUAAUUUCAUAGGGGGCAGCAAUAUAGUGUUAAUAAUAGAUGGUUGAAUCUCCUGAAGUCUUAAAUAUGUAAUGAUCCAAUAACCCAAAUGCUGAGGUCUCUGAAAAAGGUUAUUUAGAGGACGUUUGGAUUUAUCUGUUUUUAUAUAUUGCUUACACAAACUGAGGUUUGUCUUGUAGUCUUGACAGAUAUACAAGCAUUUUUUAAGAGUUAAAGUCAAGACACUCAUUGAGACAACAUACUCUUACCAUUUUCUCUAGAAUUGCAAGGAUGGUGGAGCAUGUACUGACCUUCUGCAUAGAGGUCUUUUAAAUUUGUGUUUUGCUACUUUGUAGCAAUAUCAAGUCAUUCCCAGGUUUGAAUACUGAAUCUAAUGCUCAGGGGUCACUUGACCUACAUGCUAAAGACAUUUCAGGUGUACAACAUUUUCUGAAGAGCAGAACACUUCAGAAAAUGCUUUUAAGUCAUUUCUUAAGAAAAUCUUAUACCUGCCUUAUAUUGAAAGGCAAAAGAAUUUAUCAGCCUUAAAUCUAUGCAGCUGUGGCCAGGGUCGUUUCCCUCCCACAAUAAUCUCUGUAAAUUACCGUACUUCUGCAUUUUUCCAGAAGUUGGCCCACAAAGGGAAUUUCCCCAACCCUGCCUUAAAUAUCACUGAAUAGUUUUCUCUAAAGCCAUACUGAUACCUACAAAACAAGAUUAUGCUUUCUGAAUAAGAUAAUACGUUUCAUGAGUUUCAGCGAUCUUUUAUUACAGAAAGUUGUCACAUAAUUGUAUAUUUCUCUAUUUUGUACACAAUUUUUAUUGAGCCUUGCACACAAUGACUUCUGCAUUUCCUAGUGUCAGCAAGCACCAAUAAAAUCUGAUUUUAACAGAA